CUUACUCUUCUUCUUUGGGAACAACCGGAAGGGAUUGCGGUCCCGCAAACGCUGCCACACUGAAAAAAUUAGUGCAAACCCGUCUUAAAAUGAUCCACGAUCCCGGUGCCACUCCAAACGAGAAUCACGAUUCUCCACCGUCGCCAAAGUAUGAUCGAGUAGGCGGACCGGAAAGGACACCAAUGGACGACACGGAAAUUCCGCUGGACAUGACCGUCCGGCGGAAGGAUUCGUCCGACGGGCAAGGAUCACCACCGGCCGCCAGUGAUCAUUCGUCCCGUGACGCACCGAUCAAUCUGAACGUUCGGCCCAGUGUGAUCACGAAAGCACCGCCACCACCGAUCAAGAAACGGAUCAGCCAUAUGCAUCCUAACGGCGAAAUUGUGCUUAAAAGCUCCGUCCGGACGGCUGCUGUGGGUGUGGGGGAUUCAGCGCCCAUCGUUAACCUGUCGGCCACGUAUUGUGAUGUUUCCAUCGAAGAGCACUUCAGGCGAUCGCUCGGGUCAACGUACAGUUCCAUUUACGGUGAUAAACAACAACAGCAACCGCAAGGAGCACAGCAGCAGCCGCAAGGAGCACUGAAAGUGCUGAACACAAACAGCGUUGCCGCUCUUCCGCACGAGAUGCACCUGGGUCAACAAAAGCACCCACUUCCGGUGCCGCUGUUACUGCAGAAGCCGCUGGAAACGAACGAGCAACCAGGCGGUGGCACGAAAACCGGUAUGAGGAAUCACAGUAGCAGCAGUAUUAGCUCGAGCAGCAGCAUUUCCAGUUGCCUUAGCAGCAGCAGCAACAGCAGCAGCAGUAGCAAUAGCGUCAAUACCAACAAUAGUGGCAACAUUAACAACAACAGCAUUAGCCCCUCGGCGAUCAGUGGCAUCCGGGCGGUGGCUCUCGAUACGAUCGAGCUGAAGCUCUCUAGCGACCCGGCCCCGCCCACCCCGCUGGUGCCGGCUACGGUACUUCCUCCUUCACCCGGUGCGCCUUCGCCAGCCGUGCUGAACACGGUCGGUGCUGCGAUCUCGCUGGCAUCACCGAAGCACCCACCGACGGCGAACUCGCCAGCCUCGCUAACCACCGUUUCUCUGUCGUCCUCUUCGCUCGCUUCCUCCCCAGCUCCUUUUCUGUCGUUACAGCAGCAGCAACAACAGCCAAAACGACCCGACUCCGGUGAAGAGGUUGACGAUCAUUUCGCAAAAGCACUGGGUGAUACUUGGAAGAAGAUUCAAGAGAACAAGAUGAAUUUGUAA